GUCAAGUUGAGAGUUAGUGGCGAGUCAGUGACGCAGUUCCGUCUCCGCUGUGUUCCGAGAUGUGAGUCUGGCGCUUUCGACGAGAUGUAUGCGGCAGCCUGGCGUCGGGGUUCGGUCAGUGUUCUGGGAGAGGGUGGGUGACACCGACCGGGACCCAGGCCUCCUUCAGCGCAGCCCCUGCGGCGACGGGGAGGAGGUCUCUCAAGGGGUAGUCGAGGGCCUCUCCCUCCCCUCGUUCGGCUCUGUCCCGUUGUCUGGGGUCUCAUCUCCCACACCGCGUAGCAGCUCGCUCUGAUAGGGCUGACAGUGGUUAUAUAUACAAUUUUGCCGUCCCCGCCCCUAGCCAGCAGGCCGCCCUGGCAAUAGCGGUCUAGAGUCCAGCCAGGCUGCACGGACUCCACAACCCCAAUUUGAAUCGAAUACCAUUCCAGUCCCCGUUGUGUUCCCAGUGAGCAACCGAGUUUUGCAGGAGAUUACUCGUUUAUUCAUUCAGUACUUAUUGAGCACCUACCACUGACUGCUAGGUCCUGGGGGUGACAGUGUGUACAAAGCAAAGGUGUUUUCUGGUAGGCAAGAAAUGGAACAAGCUUGAAGGGCUAGAAGCCGAGUCUGGAAAUCUGGAGAGGUUGAAAACACAAAACAGAUUUUGAGGGCUAGUAAUCCUAAGAACUAGGUAAUCAUUAAAAAUAAACAAAGAAACAAGAAAACAUUCACUUUUCAUCCUCCCUUUAGAGACUUAAUUUUUCCUCUCUAAAGACACUUGACUCAAAGUUCCCUUCUAAUCUCCCUGCUGCAAACUUUGGCUGGAAAGCAGGAUUGCAGGUGGAAUGCAUUUUGCAGUUAGAGAAGGAUAUGGAGACUUAGAUGUCAAACAGAACAGGUGAGAAGGAGCAGCUGUAGUUUGAUGGAAUGAGGAUUACCUUUAGAUACAGAAGAUUUGCCUCUUACCAGCCAUACUACCUUUGGCAUGUCAUUCAAUCUCUGGGAGCUGCAUUUCCCCAUCUUCAGAAUGGGAAUGAUCAUCCUAGCUUUUCAUAGUUCUAUAGGAAAGGAAGUUACCCAGGGGUGGGAUACUGCCCUGAGUGUCUGCUUGGAGUUGAUCUCAGAGAACGCAAUCUCUCUUCUGUUUACAGCGAUAGGACACCCCCUUAGGAACUUCCUCACCAAACCCGAGGAAGAGAUCAGGCAAGAUUUUUGUGCUGGGCAGAUUCUUCGGACUAAGGCUCUGCUGGCCAGGUAUUCCCUCUUAUUCGUCACUGUAUUGCAGCUAAUCAGUAACCAAGGGCCAUGUGACUGCUGCUCACAGAAACCCAAACAGGCAGAUGGUGGAACUGAGGAGGUGUUGAUCCCAAAAUCACUCCUAAAACGUGAGAAUCUUACACUUUGAAGAGAAACACAGAGGUGUUUCCAGGGAAGUAAAAAUUUAGAAAGCUCUUCUGAAGAGGAAGAGAAGAUUCAACAGGCCAUUGUGAUGCUUCAAGCAAGAGAAAAUGAGGAGAAAGACGAGAAGCUUCAGGCAUAAGAUAGUUAAAGACAAUACAACACUUACAGAAGUGAGUGAGCAUGAAUAUGAAAAAGAUGGUAGUGAGUGCUUGGAUCCUGCAACGAAUAUGAGAAUUCAGGCUGAAAAGAAACAGUAUAUAUGUACUGAGUGUGGGAAAGCCUUUAGUCAGAGUGCAAAUCUUACAGUACAUGAGAGAAUCCACACAGGAGAGAAACCCUAUAAGUGUAAGGAGUGUGGAAAAGCCUUCAGUCAUAGCUCCAACCUUGUUGUUCAUCGGAGAAUCCACACUGGACUGAAGCCCUACACAUGCAGUGAAUGUGGGAAAUCUUUCGGUGGUAAGUCUCACCUCAUUCGGCACCAGGGAAUCCAUAGUGGGGAGAAAACUUAUGAAUGUAAGGAGUGUGGGAAAGCCUUUAGUCGGAGUUCAGGUCUUAUUUCACAUCAUAGAGUUCACACUGGGGAGAAGCCCUACACUUGUAUCGAGUGUGGGAAAGCCUUUAGCCGUAGUUCAAACCUUACUCAGCAUCAAAGAAUGCACAAAGGAAAAAAAGUUUACAAGUGUAAGGAGUGUGGGAAAACAUGUGUUUCUAAUACAAAGAUUAUGGACCAUCAGAGAAUUCACACAGGGGAGAAGCCUUAUGAGUGUGAUGAGUGUGGAAAAGCUUUCAUUUUAAGGAAGACCCUUAGUGAACAUCAGAGACUUCACCGUAGAGAAAAACCUUACAAAUGUAAUGAAUGUGGGAAGGCUUUUACUUCUAAUCGAAACCUUGUUGAUCAUCAGAGAGUUCACACUGGAGAAAAACCUUAUAAAUGUAACGAAUGUGGCAAAACCUUCAGGCAGACUUCUCAAGUUAUUCUACAUUUGAGAACGCACACUAAGGAAAAGCCCUUUAAAUGUAGUGAGUGUGGGAAAGCCUAUCGUUACAGCUCACAGCUUCUUCAACACCAGAGAAAACAUAAUGAGGAGAAAGAAACAUCAUAAAUAACAUAUAUUGUUGGUAGUAGGCCUAAUUGCUACUUUUUGGAAAAACAAUUUUUCAUUAUUCUUGACCUUAAUUAAAUUUCUAUGACUCUAUACAGGGAAAGUAACUAGAAGCAGACAAAGAUGAUCAGAGGGAUAUUCAUACUGGCAUCAUAUAUAACUGAAGGAAGAGAACUAGAUUUUCAGUAGCAUAGGGUUUAAAUGAAUGGUGGUCUAUCUACAUGAUGGUUUUAUAGCCCUUAUAAACAUUUUUAAAGAAUAAUGCCAUGAGGAAAAUUAUUUGUAUAAAAUGGAAGAUAAAGAGA